AUGGCCACAAAGAGGUCCAAGUCAUCUCUGAGAUUUCACCAAUUCCCACAAUUCUAUGCUUGCUAUCUACUUAAAUCUAUUCGUACCCCGAGAUCCACAGCAACAUAUAUAGGGAGUACGCCUAGCCCCCCUCGUCGGAUACGUCAACACAAUGGGGAGAUCACCCAGGGUGCUUGGAAAACUAAACAUAACCGCCCUUGGGUCAUGCAUAUGAUAGUCUAUGGGUUCCCAUCCAAGCUAGCGGCACUUCAAUUUGAAUGGGCGUGGCAACAUCCUCACAUCUCUCGCCACCUUCGCGAUGAAAGUGGAGGGGCCUUGUUCAGACGGUCAAAAUACCUCAAAAUGAGCAUCCAAGUCGCUCGUACUAUGAUCGCGUGUAGGCCCUACAACACAUGGCCGCUCCACGUGAAGCUCUUUACAGAGGAUGCUGUCAAAAUCUGGAAAGACGUGGACAAAGACGUGGGCGCGCGCGCACUGCCUCUGCCUGCAGGCUUUACAAUUCAAAUAGAACUCGAAGGCGUCGACGGGAAGUCAGGCAGAUCAGGUUCCGGCAGGGAUGGGCCAAUCGACGUGUCUGAUGCGGCGUUCACAACUGCCCAUUUAGCUAAACACGACGUUCUCUUAACUUCGGGGAGACAUCUGCGCUGUUCGGUGUGUCGGAAGCCGUUGACUACAUACUCUACGGACCCACUCACAACUGCGCUAUGUUCAUCAACAGAAUGCAAUGCUGUUUCUCAUCUCAGCUGUCUGUCUCAGCAUUUUCUCGCGUCACAAGGUGGCAUAGGCAUGAUCCCGCGAGGUGGAAGAUGUCUAACUUGCCAGUCGUAUACUCUUUGGGGAGAUAUCAUCAAAGGUUGCUAUCGAAGAUACGCCGGUAAAGCUGUUCCUGAUGAUGAUGGUGUGGAUGAGGAAGAGGAAGAUGCAUUCGGGUCUGAACCAGGGAACGAGUCUCUGUCAGAUACUCCAGUUACUCCACGAAGGCACAAGGCACCCCAGGUGAGAGCAGUCAGACGGGCAGCAGCCACUUCAGCUAGUGGGGAUGAGGGCAAUCAUCUCAACCUCGGUCCUCGUUCCGGUGCAUUAUUAGGCCCGUCGAAUCAGGUGUCUGGUCGACAACUAAAAGGGCCGAAGGCAAGGUAUCAUACGGACAUCGAGCGGACUUCUUCAGACGAAGAAUUUUUCGAUUUGAAUGCUAUCAGCGAAGACGACCGUGCGCCUUCCGCACCGGCGUUCAACCCACCCGCUAGCACAUCCUACAAGAUCCCACCAUCGAAGAAAAACUCAACCAAGCAGACAAGAAUGCGUCACCAGUCAUCUGCAACUGACAUGCCCCGAAAUUUUCGUGGAACAACAGAUUCAACUCAUCAUUUUCCCGCUCGUCACUUCAAUUCCGAAAAAGGCGACUAUACUGCUUCUGCGCUCUCUGCUCCCGAACCGCGUUCCCCGUGCACUAUAGCACAAUCGUUGAAAACCUUCCCUAUGCUGCCGCCGUUGCAUUCUCCCCUAGGAUCUGUGUCACCUCGAAGCUCGCGUUCGAUGCAAGUGAUGUUGACUGGUAAUGACAAUUCCGAUGUAGCCGCAUUUAAAAAAUUCGACUCACGCUCUCCAGAUCAUGACUGGCAUGACCCCAUGACCAUACCUUGCUCGAGCGACGACGAGGUUGGCCAACAAUCUAAUCUGGGGGAACUUUUUUCUACUGCCAGGGCCCUGUCUUCGCUUUCUAUUUCUUCUGCUGCGCCUUGUCCGUUAUUACACGCUUCACUGAUGGACGAUGACCUAGACUGUGACAACAGCGGUGGUAUUAAUGGGAAGCAAGAUGAGGUUGAGGUCAUCGAGCUCUCCGACUGA